AUGGAUGACCGCAAGGACAACGCCAGGGUAAUGAAGGGCCGCAGCCACAGUCUGGAUAAAACCCACGAUAGCGAGGAGGGUAUGACCUCUGAGCUCAUCUCUGCUGGCUCUGACCAUCUCCAUCGGAAGCUAGGUGGGAAGGAGAUCCAGAUGUUGGCGGUGGGUGGAGCUAUUGGAACGUCCCUGUUCGUACAGAUGGGGGCAAGUUUGCCAAAGGGUGGCCCAGCUGGCCUUUUCCUGGGUUUUGUUGUUUACGGUACUGUCAUCUUGUGCGUCAACCAAUGCUUCGCCGAAAUGGUUACCUAUCUCCCAAUCGCUUCACCCUUUGUCCGCUUAGGUGGGUUCUGGGUGGAUGAUGCUUGGGGCUUUGCAAUGGGCUGGAACUACUUCUUCCUUAUGGCCUUCGCUAUUCCGUAUGAAAUCACGGCAGUCAAUGUGCUUCUUACCUAUUGGACCGACAAGAUUCCAGUGGCCGCAGUUAUAAUAAUUUGCUUCGUGAUUUAUGCCGGACUCAACGGGCUCGCCGUCCGGUACUUUGGAACUGCAGAGUUUUACCUGGCCAUCUUCAAGGUAUUCCUUAUGCUAGGACUCAUCUCCUAUACUUUUGUCACCAUGGUUGGUGGCAAUCCCGAGCACUGGGCCUAUGGGUUUACUUAUUGGAAGAACCCGGGUGCAUUUGUCGAGUACCUUGCCCCGGGAAACACCGGGCGCUUUCUCGGAUUUCUUUCCUGUGUAAUCCAAGGCUCUUUCACUAUGGUCGGUCCUGAAUUCAUUUCCAUGACUGCUGGCGAAGCAGAGAACCCUCGGAAGUUGAUGCGAAAGGCUUUCUCUUCUUUCGUCUGGCGCCUCCUCAUCUUCUUUCUUGGUGGUGCACUCUGCGUUGGGAUUGUCAUUCCUUACAAUGACAAAAUGUUGCUCGAUUAUAUUGAUGGAACCGAAGGCAGCACCGGCGCUGCGUCUCCCUACGUCAUCUCAAUGGUCCAGUUUGGAAUUAAAGGUCUUCCCUCCCUGGUCAACGCUCUCAUCUUGACAUCCGUCCUAUCUUGCGGUAACAACGUUGUUUAUUCGUCUAUCCGUACACUCCACGGCCUGGCAGUGGACGGCAAGGCGCCAGCUAUCUUUGCAAAGUGUAAUAGCUUCGGCAUUCCAGUUUACUCAGUCAUUGCGGCGCUUGCAUUCUGUUUUCUUUCCUUUCUGCAGCUCGGAGAUACCUCCGCUACUGUCCUCAACUGGCUUGUAGGAAUCUGCACUGCGUCAUAUCUGAUUAACUACUUCGCCACCGUCGUGACGUAUCUGCAUUUCUACGCUGCUCUCAAACGUCAGGGCAUCGACCGAAAGACUCUGCCGUACCGGGGAUACUUCCAACCCUAUGCGGCGUAUUAUGCCGCAUUAAUGACAUUUGUUAUAACAUUAAUUCUCGGUUAUACUGUUUUCAUCGACGGUCAUUGGGAUGUGACAACCUUCUGUACCUCUUACCUUAUGAUUGGCUUUUUCAUCGUGGCGGUUGUGUUUUGGAAACUCGUCAAGUGGACGCGCUACGUUCGUCCUGGGGAGGCAGACCUUCAGCUUGGAGAUACCAAAGCCCAGAUUGACCUUUAUGAAGCAAUGUAUGAACCACGGAAAAGAGGCAAGAUUUCGGGUUGGCUCAACAGCUUGUUCGAGUAG